AUGCCAUCCCGGUCCGGACGUAAUUCACCGAUUCCACCAACCUCGGACUCCAGCUUCACUGCCUCGAACCCUCCCUCACUCUUUACCUCUGACACUACUCUACGAUACCCAUCUCAGCCUCAGAAUGACCGAACAAUGCCUUCAAUGAAUGGCAACUCGCCCACAAGCCCGUACCGCCGCGGGCACAACCGCUCGAUCAGUCACCCAUUUACUUCUCCAUUCAGUGGUCUUGUAAAGAAGCGUGGCAAGACUGCGCCCAAAAAUAUCGCCUGGAACUCGGAUUCGGACUCCGACGAGGCCACAUACCCCGCCAAGUCCCUCGCAACAAGUCCCCGCAAGGAUGUACCUAAGGGAGGGCCAGGAAGUGAUCUUGCGGAGGGGAAAUGCUCGACCUGCAACUCGACUGUGCGCUGGCCACGGCACCUGCAAGUCUACCGCUGCACUUCCUGUUUGAUGGUCACCGACCUUGAUGUGGAGCCUUCAAAGAACGUCAAGGACUCAGCUUCUUCAAAACUGGAAGGUCGGCUACAUAAACCACUGCCCCCAGACCCGCCUGAGUCCCAGCUCUCACCGCUACCUCUACCGCAUGAGCCAAGGCCAGAUGCGCCUUUGUCAAUCAGCCAUACCAGGCGUAUUAUUGACGGAUGUAUUGCUUCAUACUUCCAGACCCUGCUCGAUGGACCCCGUUCAGGAGCGACCCCGGACGACAAGCGCGUAGGCAGGGAUCGCCCAGCAAAUGGCCAACCGACUUCCAUGGUGCCGGACCGUGGCCAUAUUCCUGGACAGCUUUCAACCCCACGAGAUCCUCGUAGCCGGAGCACGUCCACAUCAACUGAGCGAGGUCAAUCUCAUGGGACAAAGGAGAACUCCAAUCUCCUGAAACCACAUGCUAUCCCAUGGGAAGGGAAGGAGAUGCCGAUCCGGAAUCGUGCCAAAUCUGAUUUGCAGAAUGGUUUGAAGGGAGACCAGCGACCUCAGGCGACGGUGCAGUCUAAAGAUACCGAGGAAAAGGAUCGCGAGAACCAGCCAGUAGUUUUCAAGCGGCUUGAAAACUACAUUAUUGCGGCUUUCAAAGGUUGUGAAGCUCUCAAUGCGUCGUUUCCCGUCUAUCAGCCGUCCAUGCGGUCUGCUAGCAGUGGAAAUCCUCCCCGUGUGAAGAUUGACCCCAAAAGCGUACCCGACCCGGCUGUCAAUGCCCCUGUAUUCGAACCCGAUGCAAAAACCCUUCUCUUGGGUGAUGUUGCAGAGAAUUCAACUUGGUGGAUGACGGAGUGGGCCGAGGCUGAGGGACAAGUCCCUAUAAAUGCUAAAGAAAAAACCCCGCAUAAGUCUCGUUCAGUGUCAUCUCGAAGUCCCCGUAUCAACUGGACUGAAGCCAAUCAGUGGUAUCAGCUGGUUCUGACUGCAGGAAGCUCUUGGUCUGAGCGGUGGGCAGCCAGAAAGCCUGACCUAUCAGCACGUCCUGGUACAGACCUGGCCAGGUAUAAGAGAUGGGAAUCGGUUGACCUGUCUGUUAUUGAAAAAGAUAUUACUGAAUCUCGAUUGCACCUCCAGCGAACAUUGAUGAAAGCUACCGAGAAUCUUCUGAAGCGCCCUCGGAAGAUCUUGAAAAAGCCAGAAGACACUCGGUUUCUAUUUAUCUUGUUGGCAAAUCCUCUAUUGUCAAAUCCAAUGGGCUACGCUUCAUCAAAAAUGAUUCAAUCAUCACACCGGGAUGAACGGCGUCCAUCUCAUCCAAGAGAUGCCCCCCAAUCAACAACCAGAGAUGGAAAGUUUUCCAGGAAAGACGCUUCUGCACCGGUUGCUCGCUCUGGAAGCUCCAACCAUCACUAUGGGCCACUGAAGCGAAUUCUUGGUCUACUGUCCAACAUGCCCAAUGAUUGUCACCACUACUUUGUGUCCUGGUUCGCGCGUUACCCACCAGGUCAAUUUGAACGUUUGGUGGAGUUGGUUGGUGGAUUCGUUACGUAUCGCUUGACGCGCCAACAUGGUCGCAAGCGCAGUGAAAACCCCAAAGAUGGAAAUGAAUUGAUUCCAAGUUUUGCAAGUGCGUCUGGAAAUACGCCUGCUGAGCUGCAUGCUGCUAUAAACCGUCGUCAUCCCAGCAAGCCACCUCCCAAGAAGCAGGAAUCUCCUAUUGUCUACGCUGAAGACUGGCAGAUUAGAUCAGCGGCAAGGAUCAUGUCUUUGCUGUUUACGGCAAAUAUCUCCCAAGCGCCGCGCAAGCCCGAUACGGGCUCAGACGCUCGGACACGUCCAAAUGACUCUGCCAAUGGCUCUAGAUAUAUCCAAGAUUAUGUGGUUCCGAUAAGCUCGUUCUACAAUACCUUGCUGGAUUAUUCAGAUCUUGUGGCAGACUUUGAGAACUGGGAAUCUCGAGGCUCAAAGUUUUCCUUUUGCCAAUACCCUUUCUUCCUCAGCAUUUGGGCAAAAAUUCAUAUUCUCGAGCAUGAUGCACGUCGUCAGAUGGAGCUGAAAGCCCGUGAAGCCUUUUUCAACAGCAUUCUUAACCACCGAGCGGUCAGCCAGUAUCUUGUUUUGAAGGUGCGGCGAGAAUGCCUUGUUGAAGAUAGUCUUCGUGGUGUCAGCGAAGUUGUGGGCACAGGCCAGGAGGAGAUCAAGAAGGGCCUUCGAAUCGAGUUCGUUGGAGAGGAAGGGAUCGACGCUGGAGGCCUGCGCAAAGAAUGGUUCCUCUUGCUUGUCCGCGAGGUUUUCGACCCGCACCAUGGACUCUUCAUAUACGACGACGAUUCUAAGUAUUGCUACUUCAACCCAUUCUGCUUUGAGUCAUCUGAGCAAUUUUUCUUGGUUGGGGUUUUGCUAGGACUUGCCAUUUACAACUCCACCAUUCUCGACAUUGACUUGCCACCCUUCGCUUUUAGAAAGCUGUUGGCCUCGGCACCACAAAACACUACUCCGCAGACGGCAACCUCCCAACGAUCGAAAUUCAAGUGCACAUUGGAUGAUCUUGCCGAGUACCGACCAGCACUCGCUAAAGGACUCCGCAUGCUUUUGGAAUACGACGGAGAUGUUGCCGAAACAUUUUGCUAUGACUUUGUUGCUCAGACGGAUCGGUACGGAGAGAUAGUCAGCGUGCCUCUUUGCACAGGAGGCGAGAAGCGACCCGUCACAAACGCAAAUCGGCACGAGUUUGUGGAUGCGUAUGUGUACUAUCUUCUGGACACCGCGGUAGCUCGGCAGUACGAACCGUUCAAACGGGGAUUUUUCACAGUCUGCGGCGGCAAUGCCUUGUCGCUAUUCAGACCAGAGGAAAUUGAAUUACUUGUGCGCGGUUCUGACGAGCCACUCGAUGUGACCUCCCUGCGUGCGGUAGCCACUUACGAUAACUGGUCUCACCACCGUCCCGAGUCAAUCCCUGUGGUCCAGUGGUUCUGGGACUUUUUCGAGGCUGCCCCGCCCCCAUCGCAACGGAAGAUCCUGUCAUUCAUUACCGGUAGUGACCGCAUCCCCGCCAUGGGAGCCACGAGUCUGACCAUUCGACUGGCUUGUCUGGGCGAUGACUCUUCCCGAUACCCUACUGCACGAACCUGUUUUAACACACUGAGCCUGUACCGAUAUGGUACACGCGAAAAGCUUCAGAAGCUGCUCUGGGAUGCAGUCUUGAACAGUGAAGGAUUUGGCUUGAAAUGA